AUGGAUCUGCCGGUGUUGCCCUUCAAAACAGUAAGGCAAUCUUCUGAUUCCAAUAUGAAUAAAAUUUCAGCUAGACCCCGGAGCCAUUGCUCUUCACGUCUCGUGCAUUGCAUAUGCGAGAUAUACCGCGAUUACAACUUGUAAAAGUACUGUAACAUACAGUGAAGAUCCAUUACUAAACAUCAGCGCAACUGCAGCCGCAGAGAUGAUCCGACAAGGAAGGGUAAGAGAGGAGUUGACAUUACAAAUAAUAAAGACAAUUUCAGCUGAAGAGUGCAACCCUAGUUGAGGCAUAUUUGAACAGAAUCAAAGAAGUAAAUCCAAUGAUUAACGCGGUUACCGAACUAUUCGAGGAAGAGGCUUUGCAAAUGGCGAAAGAAGUCGAUGAAUUUAUUGAGAAUUCUGAUGAGGAGGACGUCAAAAUGGUAAGGAUAUUACUGUAGAUUACAUUGGCAAAAGAUAACAUUUAAAGUGAUGACUCAUCAUUACUUUUGUUUUCAGAUGCGACAAGAGAAACCUCUCCUCGGAAUCCCCGUCUCUAUAAAGCAUGUGUUUGAUCUAAAAGGGCGUCGGAAUGUCUGUGGACUUCACCAUCUUCGCGAGGCCUCAUUGGCCCAAGCUAAUGCGACCGCGGUUAAUCGGUAAGUCCAAAAAUUACAGUAAAAGUAACUUAUCAGCGUCACCGAACAAGAACAACGAUCACAAAGAAAAACAAGACGCUUGUUCAUAUUUUACCCUCAAAUUUCAGAGUUCUCAAGGCUGGCGCCAUUCCUAUUUGUUAUACGAACGUUUCUCCCGGCUGUAUGAGUUUCGAAACGGAUAACGUUGUAUUCGGCCGAACCCCCAGUCCGCAUGACUCAAGGACCAUAAGUGGGGGAUCUUCUGGAGGCGAGGCCUCACUGAUCUGCUCUCAGGGAUCUCUAAUUGGAGUUGGGACGGAUCUGGGAGGAUCCAUCAGACUCCCCUCAAUUUUAUGUGGAAUCUACGGCCUGAAACCAAGAGAAAGUUGUUCACUAAAUGGAGUAUUGCCGAAAGUUGAUCUCGGCGACGACAGCCAUGGAAUGUAUGUGACUGGGCCCAUGGUACGAUACGCCGAGGACCUUAUGCUUCUUCAGAGUGUAAGAUUAUUUAAUCAUCGUGCAAUUACUGACCCAUUCAUUUCGCAAAUUACUUUUUCAGGUCCUAGCUCCAACCUCAAUCCCCCUACCGAUCUCAAAACCCCGGCCUGCAAGACUCUUUAUCUCCAAGCCAGAAGUCGCUCCAUUAAUUACUCUUAGCAAGACAGUCAAAGUGAUCACAGACGACGUCGCCAACUACCUCUCCAAGUCCUAUUCUCUGCCCAUUGAACGGUUUGAUCUCAUAAAAACACUGCAAGAAUACUUUAUAAUCUUCAAGGAACUCUUGACCGAGAAUUUUGAUGUUGCGCAACAUCUCGCACCGGUGAGUUAUUGUCAUCAAAAAUGUAUUCAAAUUUCAGAACGAAAAUGUGAAUGUGGCCACAGAAUUUAUAAAACUGAUGUCAGGCUCGUCUUGCCAAUCAUUUGGACUUUUGAUGAGCUUCUACGCGGCUGGAAGACCAUCGCCUCAGGGGACUUUGGAGGAAUCGAAGCGGCAAAUUCAAAUUUUGAGGAGUAGAAUACAUCAGCAGUUGGAGGGUAAGCCAUCCUACGCCGUUUAUUACGAGCUAUUAGAGCUUAUCCUUUGUCAAUUAGCAUAAAUUUACCCUACAAGUCAAACGUAGAUCAAGUCGAUCAUCAUGUAUAAUGUAAUGAUUUUUUUUAGAUGGUGCGGUUCUGGUCUUCCCCGGCCUACCCGAAACAAACUACUACCACUAUUCUUUCGGUGCCCUCCCUUGUUUCUACACCAGUUUGUUCAAUAUCCUUGCAGUCCCUGUUUUGGCGGUGCCCUGCGGCAAAGACAAGAAUGGAUAUCCAAUGUCCGUCCAACUGGUUGGCGGAAUCGGAUCAGAGAAUCUGCUAUGCUCAGUUGCGCAACAAAUGGAAGACAGAUUUGGAGGAUGGGUCAAACCGGGAGUGUAA